UUCCUCUCACUCGUAGAUCCGUCAGUAGGCAGGCAGGAGACGGAUGCAGCUCUCCUCCCUCCUGCUCCCUCUGUUGCAUCCAUCCAUCCUCUUCUCCAUCCACCCAUCUCUACCUCCACUCAUUCAUUCCCAAGGGCGUCGCUGUGGGGGGGGGGUAUCCAGACCCGGCUGAGGCUCACAUAGGCUACGUGUAACCCGCUGUAUGCGCGUGCAGCGUCUGGUCUGGUCUGGUCUGCGCGUGGAUCCGGUGACAUGAGGAGCUGAAACAGAACCGACACAAGGAUGAAAAUGCUCCGGUUUCGAAGCCCCAGCAUCCGCUCUUUGGACCAGGAGGUCCUCUGCACGAUCCGGUUACUGGACGACUCCGAGAUCUCCUGCAGCAUCCAGAGAGACACCAAAGGCCAGUUCCUGUUGGAUCAUGUGUGUAACCACUACAACCUUCUCGAGAAAGACUACUUUGGUAUAAGAUAUGUCGAUCCUGAAAAACAGAGGCACUGGCUGGAGCCCAAUAAGCCUGUGGUGAGGCAGAUGAAGUCAGCUCAGCAGCCUUACACCAUGUGCUUCCGGGUCAAGUUUUAUCCUCAUGAGCCAAUGAAAAUCAAGGAGGAACUAACCAGGUACCUCCUGUAUCUCCAGCUAAAGAGGGACAUCUAUCACGGCCGUCUCCUUUGUCCUUUUGCUGAAGCUGCCUAUCUGGGAGCCUGCAUUGUCCAGGCGGAGCUCGGAGAUUACGACCCAGAGGAGCAUCCUUCAGACUACAUUAGAGACUUCAAGCUGUUCCCAAAACAAUCCCUCAAACUAGAGAGGAAGAUUAUGGAAAUACACAAGAAUGAACUCAGGGGACAGUGUGCUCCAUUAGCAGAGCUGAACAUGCUCCAAAGAGCUCACACUCUGGAAACGUACGGAGUUGACCCUCACCCAUGCAAGGACUUCACAGGCUCCACAGCUUUUCUUGGGUUCACAGCCACAGGUUUUGUGGUCUUCCAGGGAAACAAGAGGAUCCACCUGCUGAAAUGGGCUGAUGUCAGCAAGCUGAAAUUCGAAGGAAAAACCUUUUACGUCAUUGGGAUCCAGAAAGAGAUCUCCUUUACAGGCAGGAUUCACUGUAACAGGAUGUCAUCACUGAAGAAGCUGGUGUUGACAUUUCACACCUCGACCCCUGCAGCAUGUAAGCACCUAUGGAAGUGUGGAGUGGAGAACCAAGCCUUUUACAAGUGUGCAAAGUCAAGUCAGAUUAAGACGGUUUCUAGCAGUAAUAUUUUCUUCAAGGGAAGCAGGUUCAGAUACAGUGGACGAGUAGCCAAGGAGGUGAUAGAAGCCAGCUCUAAGAUUCAGAGAGAUCCUCCAGAGGUGUGCAGAGCCCACUUUGGUCAGAGUCGAAGUUUUAACUCUCUGAGCCAUAAAAACCUCAUCAUGAACAUGGAACCUCUGGUCCCCGCUCUGCCCUCCACCAACGAGUAUGAAGAGACAGCCCCAGACAAUGGUGCUGUCGCUGUGAAGGAUUCAGCCUCCCUGUCUCCCCUCAAACCUUCAGCCACUUCCACAGACACUGAGCAGCAACACACUGAAGGCUCCACUCUGGGCAAUGACCUGCAACCUCCCCGCGUUCCCAUGGAAACCUCAAAUCUCCGACCUCAGAUGCCCAAGGCUGAAGAUGAAGCAGACGAGGAUGAUGAGAGCAGCGGUGCACUCACUAUCUCUGAGCUUGUCUACAGCCCCUGUGCCAGCAUGUUACCCACCCCGGUGGAUGACAGCCAGGGAGGCGUUGACCUCCUCUUCUCCUCCCCAGUUCAGAGCCCCGCCAGGAUGCUGCGAGAGCUCCACGCCGACCCUGACAUCCAGGCCCAGCUGGAGGCCGAGAGGGAGCGCGACCGAGUCUACGAACGCACCCGACUGGCCGCCAGAAAUCGGAUGGGUGGGGUCCUGGGCAGCAGCCUACGCCUGCUGUCAUCCAAUGAGAGGGUCAACGCUUGCCUAUUGAGCGUGGCCCGUUUGGUUGCCGUGGUAAUGGGCGUCCUGAUUGUCACUGUGCCCACUCUGCUGCUACUGUUGGAGUCAGACAUCGAUGUGUCAUUCCUCCAUGAAAUCCGUCAGACGCCGGAGUUUGAGCAGUUUCAUUAUGAGUAUUACUGCCCCCUUCGACGCUGGAUUCUGUGUAAGAUCAGCAUGGCCAUGGAGAACCUCUGGUCAGACUGAGAAGGAGACAGGAAGAAAUUAAGUAAGAGGAGUGAGACGUCACUGCAAAAAAAAAAAAAAUACAUACCAGAAUGUCUGUCUUAACAUGUAAUUAAAUCUUAUACUCAGUCUUAACAGCUGGUGUUUCUUGAGGGAAAACCAGUGGGAUGAAAUCAUUUUACUUGUAUCAAAAAGCUUCCAGACUAGUUUUAAGUGUGAGUGAGUUAAACACAGUGUAAGCAUCUGGAAAGGGCUCACAAUGAUUAAUUAUUCUUCUGUAAAAUGAAAGCCCAGGGUGAUGUUACUCAAAGCUGUCCAGGAAAACGAAACAAGUAAAGGGUUUAAUCUGACUCAUUUUACAGAAGGUGAGA